GACUGCAAGGGGAAUGUCUCCAGCUCCUUACAGGGAUUCCUCGAUAUUUCUAUGAACGGGAAAUUGGGCACAUGAUGAACAUGUGUAUGCUUCUGGAUGUAGACCUCUGUGGAAACCUUGUGCACCGGCAUUAUGCGAAGCAGGGAGACGAGCUGAAGUCUUGGAUUGCUAGCAUGUUGGAGGAAGGCACCUUGCCAUUAUUCCUGAAGCUAUCGGGCUUCACGCAGGUUGGGCAACUGCACGAUGCCCGUAGCCUAUGCGAGACCAUCGUGCGCCGCUUUUGCCCAAGGCUGUUCUGGAAUUUUGAUAGUUGGAAUGCGCAACGUCUGGAUGCGUGUGGCCAAGGAAGUAAGGAAAAAAGAGAUGGGCAAUCUUUCGUUAAAUAUGAGGCCAGUGAGCUGUACAACGGUCGUCUUGCUGUCCGGACGGCAGCCUUUCAGAUCUUUUUGUUUUGGAUCGUAUUGCUGUGGGCUUUGGCUGUGGUUCCAGAGUUUGUACAACUGGUCGCGUGGUGGGAGCUGCUCGUACACUUGCCCUGCACGGACAGCUGCCAGAAUUGUGAGCCAAGAGAUCUGUCUAGCAGCGAGGAGGACUUGAUCCUCCGCUCCCUGCCAAGCUGCGGUCGGCUGAAUAUGGGAACCUUUGCUAUCCUGCUGCUCAAUACGCUGCUCCACUGUGCCAUCUUCGUCAUUGGGGUUAUGUACUUGCUUAUCGUUCGCAACAUUCAGGACUUGGUGCUGAACAGCUUGGCAUUGACCUUCCUUGUCACCAUUGACGACUUGCUCUUUGCAGCUUGUGGUAGAACGUCCAGCAAGAAGCUCUUGGACAGAAAACUAAGGAGCAGCGAUCCGCAUGUUUGGGACUUGAGUUCUCGCACUGGGCUGAGCUGCAUCACACGCGGACGGGUGCUUUGUGGAAUGAUGCUACUGGUGGCUGGGAUCUCCUUUGCGUUGCAGAUACGCGCCGUUCAGGAGAGGGGGGACGAGCUCCAGUGCAUGUGUGAGGCGAAGGGCGGCACGUGUUUCGCUGCUUUAGCCCUCAGUCACGCUGUUGGCCAGAACGGUGAAGAGUAG